AUGAUAAGUGCACUUUCUUUUCACCCAGAUCAAAACUUUGACCCAGCUUCCACGGAUGUAAUGAUGAAUAUAAACAGUAAUGGUCCAAGUUUUACUGAAGAAAACCACCAUUAUUUUUCAUUAUAUCAAAAUCAACAUGAAUUUGUAAAUCAAGACAUAAAAAGUAGUAUUGGUUUAAACGCAACUUCAUCUGAACAAUCGCCCAUCGUCUUGAACGGUCAUCUUUAUCACUAUCCGCCUCUUUAUCGUCAAGUGAAACGUCGCCGUCGCCUCACCGAAGAAGAGACAAAUGUAUUGAAUAGUAUUUUUGAGAAUAUACAAAAACCUGAUGCAACAACACGUGCUCAAUUAGCUCAAAAACUAAAUAUGUCCUCACGUGCAAUUCAAGUUUGGUUUCAAAAUCGUAGAGCGAAAGUCAAAAGAGAUGCGUUGGAAUCAAAAAAUGCCGCAAAAAAUAAUAUAUCAAAAAAAUUAACUUUGGUUGCAGAUUAUUGCACAGAAAAUAUGAGUCAGCAUCUUUCUUCUUUAACACUUUCACCUCUUCUAAAUACUUCGACAUCACUCCAUAAUUCAACUCCAAAGCACUUUGUUAGCAAUUGUGCAAAUUUGUUCAGGACAUCAGAAACUGCGCCAAGUUUGGCUGUUGCAUUAACUACUGAUCUUUGCACUUCACUUGAAGAACGAAAAUUUUCAAACAGAAAUUUCGUUAAUCCUUAUGUUUCGCAAUUUAUUCAUUUAAACAAAAAUGAAAAUGAUAAUAACGAAUUAAUUCAAUGCGAAAAAAGUGGUUGCUAUUGGAAUACUUCUAAUUUGAAAACUGUAGAAAUUGACGAUCCAUCUGCUUGCGAUCCCGGUUGUGGGCAAAAAUUUGAAGUUCUACCUUUACUAGCAUCACCGUAUUUUCCCGAACAAUCCCUUAAUAACUUUUUUCAAAUUGCACAAGAUGAUUCCUUCCGUUAUAAUUUCUCAGGGCCUUUGGGAAUUGUAACUCCCUCACCAAAUAGUAAUAUGGUUAAUCUUUUAAACAUGUCAAACACUUUAAACACUGGUUAUCCAAUGAAUAUUAAACAAAUUUCUACAUGGCUUUUGGACACUUCACAAAAGGUUACUUCUAAUAUAUUCGAAUCUAAUACACAGGCCCAAAAUGAUCGGCAUUUACCUUAG